AUGCCCCCACGUCCAAGGGAGACAUGUACCGCAUGUUCACUGCGCCGGCAGAAAUGUGACCGACAGCUUCCCUGUGGACGCUGCAUCAAACGAGGCGAGCGCAAUCGCUGCACUCGCCAGUGGCCCGGUGACAAGUACGAUCCGUCUGUCCAUCGGGUUUCCCCAAGAUCACAACCGAACAAGAAGCGGAAGAAUUCACCACAUGCUCACCAUGUAUCUCCAUCUUUCGUGACUGAUGCGACCAAUUCAGGUCUCCUCGAAGAGAAAGACGUAGCUUCGGCAGAACGGGAACCCGAAGCGAACGGUCCGGAGAUCGGUUUGACAGGGUACGAGUGGGCGAAUGAGGAUCCCCGUCUACAAUAUUCUUUUCGGCCGUUUGAACGCAAAGCACUCCGACGACCUCUGGCUGCGCAAACCAGGCAACACGCUACCUCGCCCAGUCAAUGGGUCUCGACGAUAGGCGUCGGGUUCGGCUCGGCAGCCGAUGCCCAAGAGACAUUUCUUCAAAUGCUUCUUCCUAGCGUCGACAGCAUCUGGAAGUUGGUCGACUACCAUGAACUGUACUUACUGUGGUACCACGGAUGUUAUCAUGGCCCAACCCUACGGUGGGAGCUCUAUAGCGUUUUGAGCUCGCAAGAACAAGUUAGCUCGCUUAUGAUCAGAGGCUUAGACCUUCAAUGGCUCGCUUUGUUGUUCGCCGUCAUAACCGGCAGUUUAACCUGUGCGACGUCACGGCAACUCGAACAAUUGGGCUUCUCCAAAAGUGAAGCUGUGAAGCUGUCGAUGCAGUGGUACAAAGCGACCAUUAUAUGUCUAAACCAGGCGGAAUACACCACGAACCACACUAUCUAUUCGUUGCACGCAAUAGCCACCCUGACCAUGUCCGCUCAUCCCCUAGGUCGAUCUUCUGAAUUGUCGAUACUCAUGGGAAGUGCCCUCAAGAUCGCCCAAAGUUUAGGCUUAGAUCAACUGCGUCAAAAUCCAGCAUUGGAGCAGAUUCUGCCUACCACGUCCGAAGAGCAACGACAUACUCUAUUGCGCCUGGAGGUCGGUCGGAGGUUAUGGUCGCAGCUAUGCAUUCAGGAUUGGAUGUCUUUGCCAUUCGCUGGAAAUCACUGCAUCAACCCUUUACAUUUCACGACCACGAAACCAUCCAGCCGCAACCAUUUGACCAUGGAUCCAAUUCCGGCCACAUUUCCGACGUAUGUCAGUUAUGGUAAUUAUCUGUUUGAGAUCGCAAAGCUUAUGGCCACUCACCAUGAAGCUAUGCUACGUGCCACAACGCCUUUCACUAAGUACGAACAAGUUUUGGAUUUCGACUCUAGGAUGCGUACGUUAGCCACCCAAGAUAUGCCCAGGUAUUUCCAUGUCGUCGAACCUAUCGACCCGGCCUGGCCCAAGUGGGUGCCCUGGGCCCGGCGGAGCCUAACCAUCUGCUUCGCGCACAAGAUCAUCAUGAUCCAUCGACAAUUCAUCCGGCCAAGCUUCGCCAAUCCGGCCUACUCCACCACCCGCGUGACGUGCAUUGCAGCUGCCAAAACAAUACUGAAUGAAGCAAAACAAAUGGACGAAAAGAGCGGUCCUAUCAUUUGGGUCGACAAGGCGUUCUGCGUAGUGGCCGGAAUCGUUUUGUGUUUGGAUUUGUUCCACCGUCAAUCGCAAUUAGACCCUGAGUAUCAGAGCUACCAUGACUUAGUGGUGGAAUGUAUCUCGCUCUUGCAGAAAUUCGAAACCAGCGUCGUCGCCGUUCGUGGCGCCGGCCUAUUGGCCGCCUUGAUAUCUGAGAUCGAUCGACAGCACCUAAACCUGAGCUGGCCUCCACAGAACAUCAAAAUGUCCCAUAUUUUCCAGUCCCUGGCGGUGGACACCAGAGCAGAUAAUGGUCUUCAGAAUAUCGACCCACAGCUCAAUCCUGCUGCUUGGGGUGUGGACGCUCGAGACAAUAACAUGCCAGUCAUGCCAGAACUAUUCCCACCUCAGGCUGGUUUUUGCAAUCGGUUUUUGUUGAAGGAGCUGUUGGAUUUCGAAACGGACCCAAGAACUUAG